CGAAACUCAUCAGAUUUUCGUAAUUCAAACGGAACGUAAAUUGGUAGCAUUGAUAAAAGAAUUUUCCCCAAUUACUCUAGGGUUUCCCGCGAGAUUAUGGAAGCUGAAGGUCAAAAGACGGCCACAAAUCCCUCCGCCAUGCUUGCUGGUCUUCUUUCCAGGAGAGCAAAACUCCAGGAUGAGCUUCGGAAUAUUGAAAAACAGGUGUAUGACAUGGAGACUAAUUACCUACAGGAUCCAAGCCAGUGUGGGAAUGUAUUGAAAGGUUUUGAAGGAUUCCUGUCUGCAUCUAAGAGUACUGCUCUUUUGAAGCGGUCUAGGAAGUUUCAGCUUGAAGAUAGGCUCUUCUCAUUGUCUUCAGUCACCUCCCCUGCUGCUGAAGAGCUUGCAGCUGGACGAGAUGAUGGGAGAUCCGACUUAGGUCCUGGCAGAUCUAAAGGUGGAGCAAUAUAUUCCAAUGGACAAGGAAAACCAAAAAAGGGAAGACCAGCUCCGAGGGAUGCAAAGAGAAUGCGGCAUUCAAGCGAGCAAGAUUUUGACUACGAUGAUGAUCCGGACUUGACAUUGUGAAUGCUGUUAAUGGAUCCUCUGAUGGCGUCUUUGUCAUCUACAGAGUUGAAAGAUGAGUCCCCUAAAUCCUCUUAUUGUACUUCAAGUAGCCAACUUAUCUUCACCAAGGCUAGCGUAGGGAAGUGUAGCCUAUUUAUACAUGUGCUUGGCCAUGCUUGUCCUUGAAUUGUUUUAUAUUAUAAAUGAAGGGGAUAGGAUUCGAAUCUAUGAUCAAUGGAGAGAAUUACUAAUGUUUAACCAUUGGAGCCAUGUUCAUGAUUGUUAUGGAUUGACUAUUCCGGACUUAUGAAAGUGUAUUUAUUAUUAAA